AUGGCAACAAAUAUAACCCAUGAUUCAAGUCGUGAUCUUCGACAUACUCGAUUAGUCCUUUUAUCAAUACUUUUUAUAGUUGGUUUAACUGGUUGUUCAAUUGUUAUUUAUUGGUUAAUACGUUAUGCAAGAUGGAAUAUGAGAUCAGGUCGUAUAUGUUCACUUAUUCUUAAUUUAAUUAUUGCUGAUUUAUCUGUAUAUAUAUUUGCAACUGGUAUUCAAAUUUUUUGGGAAUUUCAAACAAAUCGACAAUGGCCAUUUAAUGAUUUUCUAUGUCGAGUAACAAAAUUCUUUCAAAGUUUUUCAAUUCUUUCAUCAUCUUAUAUUGUUGUUAUAAUGGCUAUUGAUCGUUGUGUUGCAAUUGUUAGUCCAUUAAAAGUUGGUAAAAUUCGUGUUCUUCAUUUAUGUGGUAGUGCUUGGAUUUUAGCUGGUAUUUUAUCAACACCAAAUAUAUUUAUAUUUCAUUUACGCAUUGAUGAUUCUGCUCGUUAUUGUACAGCAGUAUUUAAUCAACAAUCGACUCGUACAGGACGUCGUAUUUAUUUAACCUUUAUAUCUCUCGUUGUAUAUUUUAUACCAUUUAUUGUUCUUGUUGUCUGUUAUAUACUUAUUUUUAUUAAAUUAUUAUGGCGUGAACAUGAUCAAGAUAAUCGUAAUAUUAAACGAAUAUUACCAUGUUGUUCAUGGUUACUUGAUGCAAAAAUAACACAUGCAUCAAAAAUGAUGUCAGAACACAUGAAUCCAAGAUCAGCAUCAAAUCGUUCAUCAUUUAGUGAAUUCGAUGCAAGACGAAAACGAGCAAAUACUUUUGCCAAAGCUCGAACAAAAACAUUUCGUAUGAUUAUCGUACUUGUAUUAUUUAUGAUUAUUUUUGGCGCACCUUAUUAUUGUUUGGAAUUAUAUGUUGCCUAUACAGGUCGUCAACCACCUGACUUAGUCUUAGCUUUAGCUGGCGGUGCAGCUGUUGCUCCAUCUUCAUUAGAUCCAUGGAUAUUUCUUUUAUUUUGGGCUAAUUGGAAUCAACGAGCUAAUAUGGGUAGUAGUCGAAAAUUAGCUAAUAUUACUUUACAACAGAGGAAACAAAUUCAACAACCACAUUGUUUACACGCACGACGAACUAUUCAAUCAAAUACAACAGGUACGUCAUCAUCAAGUGAUCCACGUCAAUAUCAUCAAGUUUUACUUCUUGGUCCAUCACGUGUACCACCUUAUACUAUAAGAUGGAAUUCAACUAGUAAAAGACAAAAUAAAUAUACUUUAGACUGA